UGCUGGCAGGGCGGUGGUUUGGAGCGAGGGUAGCACGUUGAACUGAAAGCCGCUCGGUCCAGUACAAGGCCUGCAGUCCGGUGGGAAUCUGGGGGCCUGCAGGCCGGUGUCCGGUGGGAAUCCGGGGGCCUGGACAGGUGUGGGUCCUUAGGGGAUGGAUCGCGUGUGGAGUGCGUGGUGCGGGAAGUGCGUCAAAGAGAAAGGGUCGUCACCACUUUGGGCCCAGCGCAUCGUGGUCGCCUGGCUCAGUAGGGCCGAGUGGGAUCAGGUGAUGGUAUAUCUGUUCUGUGACGACCAUAAAUUGCAGCGGUACGCCCUGAACCGCAUCACCGUGUGGAGAAGCAGGUUAGGCAACGAACUUCCCCUGGCAGUGGCUUCUACUGCUGACCUGGUACGCUGUAAGCUCAUGGAUGUAACUGGUGGCUUGGGCACUGAUGAACUUAGACUGCUCUAUGGCAUGGCGUUGGUCAGGUUUGUGAAUCUCAUUUCCGAGAGGAAGACAAAGUUUGUCAAGCUCCCUCUCAAGUUCCUGGCUCAGGAGGUAAACAUUCCGGAUUGGAUUGUUGAACUUCGCCAUGAGUUGACUCACAAGAAAAUGCCCCAUAUAAAUGACUGCCGCAGAGGCUGUUAUUUUGUUCUGAAUUGGCUCCAGAAGACGUACUGGUGCCGCCAACUGGAGAAUAGCCUGAGAGAAACCUGGGAGUUGGAGGAGGAUAGGGAAGAGACAGAUGAAGAAGACCAAGAGGAAGAUAAAAACAUUGUUGUUGAUGACAUCACAGAACAGAGAACAGAGCCUAAGGAUAAGGGGAAAGGUGCAGAACUGGAUGUCAGGGUUGAUGGAAACAGUGAAAGCAACAAAGAGGUUGAUUCACAUUGGGAAAAGGCUCUGAGACAUAAAGAGCUAUAUGAAAGAGCCCGAGAACUGCUGGUAUUAUACGAAGAGGAGCAGUUUAAGGUGCUUGAGAAAUUUAGGUAUUUACCUCAGGCUGUUAAGGCAUGGAACAACCUGUCUCCACCUGUAGAAUGCAUCCUGGCAGAGCUCAAGGGCAUUACAUGUGAGAACAGGGAGGCUGUGUUGGAUGCUUUUCUGGAUGAUGGCUUUCUUAUCCCCACAUUUGAACAGUUGGCAGCUUUGCAGAUAGACUAUGAAGAAAACAUGGACUUGAGUGACAUCCUGGUGCCAAAGCCGUUUUCUCAAUUCUGGCAGCCCCUGCUCAGGGGUCUGCACUCCCAGACCUUCACGCAGGCCCUGCUAGAGAGGAUGUUCUCCGAGCUGCCAACCUUGGGGGACAGUGGGAUCCGGCCCACCUACAUCCUCAGAUGGACCAUUGAACUGAUUGUGGCUAACACCAAGACUGGACGGAAUGCCCGCCGAUUUUCUGCAAGCCAGUGGGAAGCAAGAAGGAGCUGGAGGCUAUUCAACUGCUCUGCUUCCCUUGACUGGCCCCGGGUGGUUGAGUCCUGCUUGGGCUCACCUUGCUGGGCUAGCUCCCAACUCCUUCAGCUUGUCUUCAAAGCCAUGGGACAGGUCCUGCCAGAUGAGGAGCAGGAGAAGCUGCUGCGAAUCUGUUCCAUUUACACCCAGAGUGGAGAAAACAGCCUAGUACAGGAGGGCUCAGAGGCCUCCCCCAUUGGGAAGUCUCCAUAUACACUGGACAGCCUGUAUUGGAGCUUCAAACCAGCUGGUUCCAGCUUUGGAUCUGAAGAACCCCCGCAGCAGGAGGAGCAGGGCAGCCUUAAUGAUCUCCAGAAAAAUGAAGAGGAGAAAGAGGUAUUGGAAAAUCAGGUGGAGGAGGAGGAAGAGGAAAACGAUGACCAGAAGUGGGAUGAGGAGGAGGAUGAAGAUGAUGAUGAUGAAGAGGAGGAGGAGGAGAGAAUGGAAGUGGAGCCUUUCUCUGCUGAGGAGUCUUCCACUGCUGAGAAUUCCAGGCUCCUGGCCCAGAAAACAGGAGCUUUACAGGGCUCUGCAUGGCAAAUUAGCUCUGAAGAUGUACGAUGGGAUACCUUUCCCUUAGGCCUAAUGCCAGGUCAGACUGAGGACCCAGCAGAGCUUAUGCUGGAAAAUUAUGACACCAUGUAUCUUUUGGACCAGCCUGUGCUAGAGCAGCGGCUGGAACCCCCAACAUGCAAGACUGGCACCCUUGGCUUGAGCUGUGGCAUGGGCAGUGACAACUGCAGCAACAGUAGCAACAGCAGCAGCAACUUGGAGGGCCUUCUCUGGAGCCAGGGCCAGCUGCAUGGACUCAAAACUGGCCUACAGCUCUUCUGAUACCCAUUCUGGUGCAAAGUGUUUAUUCAGCCCUGCUGGGGCAACAACCCAUUCCCUGCCCCUUUUGUCCCUCACUCCUGCCUUUCUUGUCCCCUUGCUCUUCCCCCAGUGCAUUUGACGCUCCAUGAAACAACCUGGAAGACAGUCCAUAUCAGCCGUAUCAGCUCAACUUUCCAUCAGAGUGGAAUUUUGACUGUUUUUUUUUUUAAUUUUGUUCUGAGAAACAAUAAAAAAUAAACAGUUUUGAUGUUUGUUAGAUGAGGGGAUGUGUGCUGGGACAAACCAGUGUAGUUCUCCCUUUAUUCUAGGGGGCGGCAGAGAAUGUGGGAUCAUAACAGGACUUUAAGCAGAAGCUUGGUCCUUUUGCCCUUUGGGCCCACUACCCCUAGUCAUUUUCACAACCAGGCCCCACUC